UCUACGUUGGGCCGUUCAAUAAGGAUGCACGCUAUUGGUUUGUCGGUAAACAAGGGGGAACGCUAUUGGUUAGCUUGUAUUAGCAGACGGCACGCUAUUGGUAGGCCUGUACAAAAUGGCGGCACGCUACCGGUUAUUCUGUACAACAAUUCGGCAUGCUGGUAGUCGUACAACAUGGCGGCCACGCAUGCGUAAAGGUGGCGCCGAGAGGGUUUUUUUUUUUUUUUUUUUUUUUUUUUUUUUUUUUUUUUUUUUACCGUACAAAAUGGCGGUGCGCGUCGUUAGCUCCGUACGGAGAGAACAUACCGCAUCAAAAUCAGCCAAAUCUGAGGCUGUGAGGAGUAAAUAAUUCCGUACAAGGCGAUGGCGCCCGUGGGAGUCGGUGCCCCAAGGAACGCGUGAGGUUCGAACACAAAACUCGCUCUUAAAACGUCUCAAACUCCACAAAAAUCUCCGGAAAAGCCGCGCAGCUCUGUUGGGAUUUCCGUACAAAACGCGGCGGCGGUGUAAACCUAAUUUUAAUUAUAAAUCAAGUUGGCGUGCUCAUGGUGCAUUCCGUACAACAUGGCGUCGCUUUGAUCCGAGUGAUGACGCCGAACUCGGUUUUAUCGUUCUAAUGGCGCCGCGCAUGUAAGAGAUUCCGUACAACUGAGCGACGACCGGAAACGCUCGCUGUACGCUUUGACGUCACAUCCUUACGUGUCUAAAAUGGCGGCGCGCAAAGUUCUCCGGCUCGCGGAGCGCCAGGCUCGCUGUGUCCGGCCUUUGCCCCGCCCCCCUCAGCGGAUCGGCCAAUGGCGAGAGGCCCAAGGAAUCUCCCCGAGCUCAUCCGGACCCGGCCCCCUCCGGGACCUUCCGGAUUGGAGCUUUUCAGACGGUCGCCCCUCCCCCCCCUGGCGGGGGCAGCUCCGGAGACAGCGCCAGAACCAAGAGCUGGUGUACAGGGCCCUGGCCCUGAGCCGCUCCCUGGAGGCCGCGAAGCUUCGGGGGGACCCCAAGAAGAUCCCAGUAAAAACCAGUAUGGAGAGCUGAACUGGCCCCUCCCACUGCCGCGGCUCCGCCCACUUCCGACCCCACCCCCAUUUCCUUAUAUGGAGAAUAAAGCUAGGAUUGAGCAAC